CCGAGAUGACAAACUCAGAGGGCACAGAGGAACUCCUUCUGCAGAUUCUGUGGGACUGGUUAAGACAUCAGAGCUUCCUCACCUCUCCAUUUUUCCCUGUUUGCUUCUCUCUGACAGUUUACCUGAGCUGCUGCUUGCCUUACAUCUACCUGGAUUUGCUCUGUCCCAGACUGACCCUGGUGCAGCGCUUCAAGAUCCAGCCUCAAAGCGAGAUGACAUGGCCAAUGGCUUGGAAGUGCUUGCGAAAAAUCCUCCACCACCACGUCUGUUUCAUUUUCCCCCUUUCUGUUGUGCACUGGUACUGGAGGCCUGUGUCUUUUCCUGCACUGGCACCUGAGAUGCUGACUGUUGUUAAGGACGUCCUGGCCUGCCUCCUCCUGUUCGACAUGCAGUACUUUGUGUGGCAUCUGCUGCAUCACAAAGUGCCCUGGCUCUACCAUUUCUUCCACAAGGAGCACCACCUCUACACGGCCACCUUCUCCCUGACAACAGAAAACACUGGUGUCUGGGAGAUGCUGAGCCUCGCUUCCUUCGCAGCCCUGAACCCUGCACUCCUGGACUGCCAUCCACUCACCGAGAUGCUCUUCUUUGUCACAAACAUUUAUUUGUCAGUGGAGGCACACUCUGGCUAUGAAUUCCCCUGGUCUCCAUGUAGACUGGUGCCCUUCGGCCUCUACGGAGGAGCUCGGCAUCAUGACCUCCACCACCUCAAAUUUAAAGUAAACUACGCGCCGUACUUCACCCACUGGGACAGACUUCUUGGCACACUGCAAGGAGCACAGAGGAAGUUAAGGAACACUUUAAAGAGGUCAUGAUUAUCAGAAUAUGUGAAGGACAUUUUAUUUAUGCUAUUAACCUGCAAGAAAAGCUACUAAUGAAGACGACUGACUUUGAUUUAACUUUGAUGCUGACAUUUUUAAAGUUCAGCCUUUUCAUUCAUCUUUUUUUCACACAAACAAAUGUUUUUAUGUUUUUAUUAUUUUAUUAAUAUAUAUUAAUAUUGAAGUUGCUGUAUAAUUUCUUUCCAUUUUGUCAGUUGUAUUUUUUGCGACCACUAUUUAGUGAUUAAUUUCAAAGCAGUCACUCAUUAUAUUCUCAACUCAUCUGUAUGGUUGUAUAUCCCUUCAUUCAUUUCCACCCAAAAAUAAACAAAUAAAUAAAUCAUUAAAUAAAUAAAUCAUUAA